AUGGACAUUGACCAUAGAAAUAAAGGCCCGCGAGCCUGUACGACCUGCGCCAAGGCCAAGGCGAGGUGUAUCUCGGGGCCGGACGGAAGUAACAAGUGCGAACGAUGCCACAGGCUCCGCAAGCCGUGCGGCUCGCAGAUCCCUGCGCCGCCCAGGGCGAAGAAGGAACCCAAGCCUACCAAAGUCUCUGAGCUGGAGAAGAGGCUGGAUGAGUUGACUACGCAGUUGAGCGCGGGUGCAACGACGCAGCAGCAGCAGGGCAGCGGUGGUGGUGGUGUUGGUGGCAGGAACAGCAACAGCAGCACCGCAGAAGUCGCGACCACCGUCGCCAACGGGACCGUCGUCGGGAGCGCAAACUCCCCCCUCCCGCCCAGCGGCAGCAUUGCGCCGGCGUCGGCCAAGAUCCCGAUCAACUGCGAUCACCUGUUCCCGCCGGAGGAGGUCGUCGUUGGGGGUGAAGCUGGGUGGUCUGAUACGUCGCCUGCGCCGAGCGCGUCUACGGCGGAUGAUCACCAUACUGUUGGGAGCAGCCAGGCCGAUAACAACGGCGGCGUAGGGAUGGGAUCGACGACAGCGAACGAGUCGCCUUGGCCGCUCAACAACGAGCAGAGUACGGUUCUCAAGUUGUUCAUGGACGAAAUGCAGGAGCUGUACCCCUUUGUGAUUGUGCCGCCGCACAUGGGCCCUACGCAGCUGGCGGCGGAGAGGCCGUUCCUGUGGAAGGGUAUCAUGAUGACGGCGUGCCAUUUGGAUGCAACGAAGCAGGUUCUGUUGGGGGAGGAGCUGUUGCAGGAUAUCGUGCAGGCUGCGUUUAUGAAGCCCAAGAAGAGUCUGGAUGUGUUGCAAGGGUUGCAGCUCCUGAUUGCCUGGUAUCACUACAACAUCAACAGCUAUCAGCUGACGAAUCUGUUGUUUUUGGCGAGGUCGAUGUGUGUGAGUUUGGGGUUCAAGGAUAGUCCCAUGCAGCUGGGCGAGCGCGGCGGCAAGGGGAGCGGCAUCCGUAUCAGCUUUCAAAAGCCUGAGAGUGAGGCGAGAAAGGUACAGACGCAGGAGGAGAUUUCGGCGCAGUUGGAGCUGAUGAGGGCUUUUGCUGGGUGUUAUUAUCUGAAUACGCUCGUCUUCACGACGAACAAGCGGCCAGACGCCUUCAUGAACACAACGUACCUCGAGUCCUGCUGCCGACAGAUCGAGGAGGCGGCAGAGUACCCCAGCGACGCGCUCCUGGUCCACCUCUUCAAGAUCCAGCAGCUCGCGCAGACAAUCUCCCUCACGCUCGGGACGGAGAGCACGAGCUUCCAGUCGCUGCAACUGCCCUUGACUAUGGUUGUUCAAUCUUUUCAGCAGCAGCUUGAUAUUUUCAAGACGUCGCUGCCGGUGCACCUCAAGGAAAAUGUCGGCCUCCUCGCCCACAUCAGCAUAGCACAAGUCCUCCUCUACGAAAUCGGCAUCCCCGAAGCCCGGGGCCCGGCGUCCUUCAUCUCCCUCACGGAACGCCUCGAGCUUCUCUGGGGCUGCUGCAGCGCCGCAAAGACGUUUCUCGAGAUCCGCUUCCCGCGGAACCACCUCAGCUUACAGCCGCGCUUCACCUGCCUCAGCUCCUCGGACUUUUUGUACGUGUUCAUCGUGUGCCUAAAGCUCAUGACGCUCGACCAGGUGCCCGGGUGGGAUUUGCCUCUGGUGCAGAAGCACCUCGACCUCGGCGGGGUCGUCGAGAGCCAGGUGGCGCACUUGGAGGUUUUUGUGGCACAUCGGAGUGGGAAGUUUAGGAGGGCGGCUGCGGAUGCGGCGGCGGCGAGGGGGGAAGAUGGGGCAGCGGCGGCGGCGGCGACGGACGUGCCCGGUCCGAAAGUGGUUGAUCCGUUUUUGAGGUUGACGGAGAUGCUGCGGUAUUUCAAGGAUAUUGUGAAAGGCGAGCUGUGCGGGCUCAAGUCGCAGCCGGCGAUCCAAGAGCCGAUUCAGUUGCCUGCCAACUUGUCGGACGGCACGCAGGCCAUGAUUCGGGAUCUGGAUGCGUCGUUUUGGACGGGCGUGUUGGGGGAGGAUGCUGGGACGUGGGAUGUUGGGAGUAUGUUUCCUGCCAUGGACUGGACUGCUACUUGA